ACAUAUUCUUGCCUACCCACCAACUGGCAGGCACUUUCACUCUUGUAUAUCUGUCUCUUAAUAUAAACAUUGCCCCUCCUAAUCAAUUUUUACCCGUUCCAAUAAAAACAGGUGGCAAGCCCCCAAAAAGCUCCAUUCUAAUCUCACUCCUUGUCACCCUGGAAUAGCCACAGGGAAUGGGACAGGACUCAGAGUUGAAGGACCUUCUCUACAUUUCUUCCACAUAUUAUCACGAGACCUACAAGAAAGCCUAAAGGAAAUAUCCCAAAACCUUAUAAAACUACAAGAUCAAAUAGAUUCCUUAGCAGCCAUAAGCUUCCAAAACAGAUGUGUUAGACCUUCUUACUGCAGAAAAAGGAGGCUUGUGUUUGUUUCUAGAUGAAGAGUGCUGCUUCUAUGUCAACCAGUCUGGACUCAUCAGAGAUGCAGCCAAGAAAUUAGCAGAAUGACAACUUCCGAAGACAAAGAGAAAACAGCUGGCAAUCUCAGUUUGACUCACAAGGAUGGCUCCCUUGGGUCCUACCUCUAAUCACCCCUUUAAUUCUUUUAUUACUUUGUGUCUCCCUAGGUCUGCUCCUUAAAUGGACUAUGACCCAGCUAAUUUGGAACACCAUUUGAAGUGAACUCAACAACAUGUCACCCAGGUCCUUCUUCUCUAGGAGGCUCGUUCAAGACAACACUGAAAUCUUUCUAACUCCAGGAAGACAUAUGAGGAAUUUGCAUAAGGCAGCUGUGCAAAAUGGAGCAGGAGGAGCUUUAUUUGUGGUUGCAGAAGUUUUACAAGUACCUCCAAUGAGAGUAUACGAAGUAGCAACUUUUUAUACAAUGUAUAAUCGAAAGCCAGUUGGAAAGUAUCACAUUCAGGUCUGCACUACUACCUCUUGCAGGCUUGGAAACUCUGACAGCAUCCUGGAAGCAAUUCAGAAAAAGCUUGGUAUGGGAUACAUUAUAUUGUGACUUUGAUAAAAAGUAAAAUUGUCUUUAUUGAUUUGACAUAUUUCUAUCUUCUUGGGGUUUCCAACUUCCACCAGCUUCUUGGAUCUGUUAUUUCCCUGGUAGAAGGCUGUC